AUGGCCAUGGACCCCCCUGCUCUGAAGUUCCCUGUUGGACCUCCCUUGAUCACUCCAUCCGCGUCUCCGCCACCUGUUGAUGGCUCCAGGGACGUCUCUUAUCCGCCUCGCAUGUCUGAUAGCGUUCCACCUGCAAAACGACAACGACUGUUUUCGACACCACGACGAACGCUCCCAGACAUACAUUCACACUCCAGUUCACGACCGCAGACUCCAAUUGACAUAGAUAAGGAACGAGAAGCAUCGAAGCACCGUUUGCUGGAUGUCUGGGCCAGUCUCGCAGAACGCUACACCCGCAGGCUCGACGAGGACGACAUUGUGGACAUCCAUACUGGCGAAAUCACGAGGGAUAAUGGUGUCCUUCGAAAUUCCCGCAAAUACGAUUUCGGAGAUUUUGCCACAGCUUCCGGCACAGGCUAUGAGGAUAGUGAACUGGAAGAAGAGGAUGAUGAAUACGACCUUGAUGAACUGGAUGCUUUUGCUGAAACUUCCUCGGAGCCCUACGACGUCGACGAUCAAGAUGACUCGGAGCUGAAAGCUGGGGGAAUAGCCGUGCCACCAGUCACACCUUUGAAUCCAGCGGAUGCCGAAGACUUGCGCCAAUUUCUGGCUGCUGAGAGGCAGCGAAAGGAAAUUUGUGGCAGCGAUGUUGAUGAGGAUGAGGGGAGUUCCUUGACAAGGCUCGAUGUGGACGCUGAAACAGAAGAAGAGGACUUGACGAAGGAAAUGGAGGACGAAGAGGGAACUAGCUGCGCACCGGAGAUGCAGGAUGAAGCAGAAAAUAACGACGCGGGAGGGGACCAAGAAGAGGACGAGGAAAAUAUAGCAGAAUUCUCAGACUAUGGAGCCGCUCUUGUUGGAUUUUCGGAGGACGAAUUGGACAACUGGGAUAUUGGAGAAGGUGGCGCUGUUCAUCCUGGGUCGAAGGAAGAGACAGACAGUGGAGACAGUGACAUCGAGAUCAUCGAACCUCCAAUUAUUCGGACAGCACGUAGCCCCAAUACGUCGACGUCGACGUCGCGUACUUCAGUGCCAAAGACAAACACCCAGCCUCACCAUGCCCUUUCAACUCCACGGAAGGUUCCACAGCAACUGCACACCCCACCGAGAUCUCAAUCUUCCACAAGUCUUUCCGUUCCUCCAUCCGAGGAAAGGUUCAUAGACUUGUCGUUAGACUCUCCUCCAGUGUCAACUUCUCGCACAACGUCUCGAACUCAGCAGUUAUCCUCACCAACAAAACAUCAACGCGGUAGUGGUGUUGCACGGCCGGCAGCUCAACUCCCCGCGUUGCAAGUCCGGAAAGGCGCUUUCGAACCGCCUCCACGCAAGUUGGAUUUGACGCAGCUCUCCAAAGGAAAGCCUGCUCGGUCUUCACCUUUGAAAACCUCCUUUUCAUUUUCUGAGAGUCAAGAAGAAGAAUCAGGCGCGCUACAAGAAUCUACCGAACGUCCUAGAAAACUAAAACCUUUCAUCCUCUUGACUACGAGAAAAAUUAGCAAUUCGACGAAGACGAUAUCGGCGUCAAAACCAUCCAAACCACCUGACAAUGAAGCAGGUUCCGGAAACGACGACAGCGAGUGCAAUGAGUCAGUCAACGCGUCCGCGUCGCCCAAGAAAAGAGGUCGCCCAAAAAAGCAGUCGCAGAGUAGCUCCAGAUCUCAACGAAGUUCCUCGAAAGACCCACCUUUGUAUGACAAACACGACGUCAAAUCACGAAAGGCCCGAUAUACAUCUGCAAAUGAAGAUAGCGAUGAUCCUGUCAAUCCUCCAUCCUCGUCCCCGCCUGUUAAGCAUUCGAUUCGUUAUGCCGAUAACGACAGUUUCGUUUCUGCCUCUGCCUCCACGCCCAGUAGAAGCAAAAAGACCAUGGCCUCGAAAGAGAUAGAUUCAUCUAUCUCAAGAAAGAGGAAACGAACUCUAUCGGACGUGCAAAUGGAAUCUCCAACAAGACCAGUAGCGACUGAGCAGCCCAAAGACAGACGUUCGCAGCCGUGCGAUGCCCACAAUCAAGCCUUGAGCUCGCGUUCAGCCGUCGAAGAUGUCAGAUCUAAAGAACCAGUGCCCGCGAAGCGAUCGGCAUCCCGAAAGCGGCAUUCCAAGCAAGAAUCGCAAUCAAACUCAAGUUCAGAAAGUGGCUCGGACAGCAGUUCCACGGAGAAGAAACGUCGACAUCGCAAGCGUUCCGACUCUAGAUCUCGCGCCUCUGCGGCGCCUCACUAUCCUUACCCCCCUGGCGUUUAUGGCACUCUACCUCACCCAGUACAUCCGCCAUAUGCCCCAAUCCCAGAUCCCCGUGCUCAAUUUAUCAUAACGCAGGCGAUGCAACAAUUAUCUGCUUUAGUUGGCUCGCCGUGGCCUCCGCCUCAUUAUGGCGAUGGUUCUAUACCACAUACGCCAUCUCGUCGGAAAGGCAAGCGUGCCUCCAGCGUUGCAUACACAACUCCUCCACACCAUCCUCACCCGUACCCCUACGUUUACGAUCCUAAUUUCUCCCAUGCGACCUUGCCACCUGAAUCCGAAUCGUCCGAAUCCGAAUCUCCAGAGCCAUCAAGUAGUGGGCGACGGAAAUCCUUGGUGAAGAGGAGUCGAUCUCGCGGCAGGCGAGUGUCGUUCAAGGUUGAAGACGAAGUUCAAAGUCCCGUGGAUGUCUCUUCGAGUCCUCUUGGCAAGCGUCCCUCGAAAGGUCGUUUGAAGAAUGCACCGGGAGAGGACGAGCGGCCGCCAAAGUCGAUGAAGAGGAAAGGGAAGGGGAAAGCGAAAGAGGAGGAGGAAUAUUCCUCAGAUGCGCCUGACUCGGACAUUGAAGUCAGAGGUAGAGCCUUCGUCAGAGGGCAGACCCCUGGUCCAAGUUCGAGCGAUGCUCAGAAACGAGAACGAUGA